UUGUGUAUAGCACAAAAUCCCAAAUUUGCCUCAAAGCUUUACAACAGAAAUUAUUAAAAUAUACAGAUUAUGGUCUUGAAUGCCUUAAUGAUCUUCUCCUGCUCGUCUUCCUUUGAGUUUAUUUAAUGUUGUUCUGUUGAAAAAUCCAGGUUUUGGUGAUCGACUCUUCCGCCUUCUAACAUCAGACGUGCACACGCAAUUAUCCUGAUGAUUGACAUCUGUUAAAUUGAGCUGGAUAAUGGGACAUUUGAUCGACUUAGAUGAACCACGUAUGAGGAACAGGGCCUUGGACUUGCUAACCCCUAACUCAAUGUGUCUUCGGGCUAAACACUCAACCCCACAUUGCUCCUGUACUGUUUGAAUGCUGCUUACUGAUGGAAGGAUGCUACUAUAUAUGGUAGCUCCUGUCAUCAGUGUGAAUGGGUGUGAUUAAGUGAAUGAAAUAUUAAAGUGCUUUGAGGGGCUAGGAAACCAAACCAAAUGUUAUACAAUAUAUAUAAUGGGUGGUUCCCAUUAUGAAAAAAAUUAAGAAUUUAUCUAACCCUAUCCAAUAAAAAUAGCCAAAUAACGGCAAAUCAGGUUCAUGCGCACACGUAAAUUAAACAUCCGUGAACAAAAGUCUGUCUCGUGUGAGAUAUUUGCUCCCUUGCGGAACGUGAACUUCAUUGCUCGCACUCGAAGGUGUUUUCUUUUGGAAAAAAGAUCGAAAAGAUAUUUGCCGGCCAACAGAUUCAAACCUCCUCACAUGGCAGCCAUCUUGGUACGGGGAGCUCACCCACCAUAACAUUGUGUUGAUAGUGAUACAUGUACUUUUUACCGUAACCAUAACUUGCUAAAUUUUCAACCAAUUUUUAAAUGGUUUGGUUUGUUAUGAACGUCAAGGAUGUAGCUAUGACACUGCAUACAUACUAUGAAUAAUUAUGUUAUGUUCUAAAAAAUAGAUUAAUGUUCUAAAAUGGGUACACGUUUUCCCUUUACAAAUAUACAUCAAGAAAUGCCCCACCCUGCACAGAGAUGUAUUUAUGACACUGCAUACUUGAAUAAUUAUAAUAAUAACCAUGAGUAUGUAGUGUCAUAACUACAUCUCUGAUGUUUAUAACAAACCAAAUCAAAUCGGUUGAAAAUUGAGCAAGUUAUUAUUAUUUACUACCAACACAAUGUUAUGGGUGAGUGAGCUUGAAUUUUGACAUUGAUUUGCCGCCAUAAAUAACCCUACAAAGAAUCACUGAUGUGAUGAAAUUGUUUUGUGUGAGCCAAUGUGUACUUAUUGGGCAGAAACUCUCUUCUUACCAGCAUAGACCAAAUGUUUGAGAUGAGCUGAAUAUCUAAUAUAUAAUCAUGUUCUGAUUUUAUUAAUGAGGAAGCUUGGCACUCAGUACCUUAAGCCGCUUCAAAAAGUGAAAAGUCUGACCCCCAUGACAGCGUCACAAAGUUGAUUGGAGAUCAUGUUGUAUGACCAGAAGGCCCAAGCUUUCACUUUGACCAGUUUUAAAUGUAGAGGAAUUCAAAACUUUAAGAUUUGCUUAUACAUUAUUGCUAUACUAAGAAGGUGUGUUUACAGGCUAAUUGUGGAUGAGUACAAAUGUUGUCAUUACAAUGUGGUGGCAGACAUGCAAGGGCCCACACAGCUACUGAUCUUUGGUGAGGAUCCAGACUUGGAAUUUCCGUCAAGCAAUCAUUUGUUAUCCAAGUAACAAGAUGAGGUACAGGUAUUCUGGGAUGUUGUCAUUGCACCAUGUUAAUCUAAAAGACUAAGCAAGGAUUCACUUUCAGGUAAUCAGACAUAUUUAUCAUAUUGCAUCUUCAAUUCCAAUGUAAUGUUUUUUAUUUUGAUAGUUCUUCUGGGCCCUAUGUUGCAAUUGCUCUAUUUAUAAGUUUAAGGAAGUGACACAAAGCAUAGUAGACAUGUCAGGUGCAGUUAAUUUGUAUGUAAAUUGUCUGCAACUUCUGGCUUGUUAAUUGGUAAAUACAGACGUUUUUUUUUGCAAUAACUGAAUGAUGUUUCUGUUACUUGCCACCCCUCAUUUCAACUAAUUUCCCAUAUGUCCGACAUAGAGAUGAACUGUAAAGCACAACAUGUCAUUUUUAGUUUUCAGAGAAAGUGACAUGUUGUUCUUCUGCAGUUUCUGUAUUUUGCUUUGAAGGUAUAUUGGUAGACUGUUAGUGUAAAGCUGUUUAAGACAACAAGGUGUCAAAAUGAAUAUCCAUGUGUGUGUGUGGGUUCGGUUUGUGCACUGAAGUGUGAAAUGUGGUUGUGUUGUAUGUGCUCAUGGGAUAACACAGUCAUAACGAUGUUUUGUGUGUAGGAGUGUGUGGUUUGUAUGAUUCUCCAUGUGUGUGGGUCUCUCUUCCUCAUAAAAUCUCCAUUCACUCACACUGAGUGACAUCACUGGAGUUUCCCAGGAGGCAACUGGUUUAAAAAGAGCCACUCGUUGAGCAACAGCAGAAUGAAAAAGACGGUUCUCCAUACUGCUUUGAAGAGCUCAACUUUACUUGACGUGAUAACAGGAAGUUAUUUAAAACAAUGCAAGGGAAAUGCAAGGUUCUAGUCGACGCAACUGACCACACUGUCAGGAGGGAAACCAUGCGAGUCAACCCGAGCUCCAAACAAACCACCGCCCUGCUGGUGUUCAUACUCUGCCUCGCGGCUGCUGCUUCUGUUGUCCUUCUCUUCUCCAGACAUGCCAAGGUCCAAGGACAAGAUGAAGACAAUUUUGGUAAUCGUCACACAUUACGGCAGAUGGCAAAUGUGAGAGCAGCCAUUCAUUUAUAUGGAUACUACAACUCUUCUGUGAAAUCCUCAGCGGAAUGGAAGAAUAAGGUGGACCAGUCCCAUUCUCAAGGAGGGCUAGAACUCAAGAACAACCAAAUUGUCAUUCCUCAAAAUGGCCUCUACUUUGUUUACAGCCAAGCGUCCUUCCGGGUCAAUUGCAGCAGCAGGGAUGCCGAUGACGCCAGUUCGCAGCCAAUUGUGCACGUGAGUCACACUGUGAAGCGCUGGUCCAAGUCAUUAGGGGAUAAGGACUGGACCAUCCUGCACUCCAUCCGCAGUGUAUGCCAAAUGAAAGCCAGCAUAAAUUCAGGUGAAGAGGAGAACUGGUUCUCAUCUGUUUACAUGGGAGCUGUGUUCAACCUGAUGAAAGGGGACAGACUAAAGACCGUGAUGGAAGAGAAGAUGCUGCAGGGCUUGGAGGACGAGUCAGGGAAGACAUUCUUUGGUGUCUUUGCUUUGUGAGGACAGCUGACUGAAAUGUAGAAGGCUCCACUUUGAGGCCACACUGACUGAAUGCACAAAGGUUCACACUGCAUGGAUCAGCCCUGUACAACUUUUACAUUACAUAUAUAUACGUAUAUGUAUGUAUAAUAUAUAUAUAUAUAUAUAU